CAUAUUGAAGCACUUCAGGGAGAAAACAGAACUCACCCAACCUGCCGACCGUAACCCGAGCAGGCGAGCUGCGCCCAGUUCACGCGCCGCACCGGCGGCCGGCCGACGUCGCGUCCCCCUCCGUCCACCCUGCGCCCCGUUCCGCCCACCGUAGCGCUCCCGCCCUCCGCGGCGCUUCCCUUGCCUCCGCCGCCUCCCCGACCUCCGCCGAGCUCCCUCGCCGCGCAUACCUAGGUUCUGCUCGGCGACCGACGGCGGCGCCCCGGCUCGGCGCAGGGAGAAACGAUGGCCGCGAAACUUGAACAAUCUUCUCCUGCCCGACAACCAAAGCCUACCAUGUCACCAUCUUUACCUCCCAAGCUGUCAAUGUUCGGGGCAAAAGCUGGAUUCGUCAUACCAAAAAAUAAGAUACCAGGCUCAAUGAUUAUCCGCAAGGUUGAAGCACCAACUGUCCCCAAGGAAGAGAACCCUAAACCUCUCAAAAGAAACACAAAGUGGGGGCCUGAUCUUACCUCCGAUCCUGCCGUCAGGAAAGCCAAAGCUCUUGCUUACCAGACUAGAGUGGAGCAGAUUACAAAGGAGCUGACAUCUGGAGCUCUAGUGAUAGGAGGAAACGAAGGCUCAUUGAUUACGGUGAAGGGUUCAAGUUCUGAUGGUGUUGACAAUCCAAAAGAGAAUGAGGGGAAGAUUAAACUCUUGGAGCUUGAAAAACGAGAAAUUAUUGGAGAAAUACUCCAACUAAAUCCAGCAUACAAGGCUCCUGAUGAUUACAAGCCAUUACUUAAGGAGACAAAAAUCCCUCUGCCUACAGAAGCACAUCCAGGACAAAACAUCAUUGGAAUUCUUAUAGGACCUGAGAGAAAUACCCAGAAGCGACUACAGGAGGAAACUGGAGCUAAAAUACGAGUUUACGGGACUAAGAAAGGCAGUGGUGAAAAGGCUGAGGUUCGCCAGCCAGAUAUACAUGAAGCGCAAGCUGCUUAUGAGGACAUAUACAUACAUGUGUCAGCUGACUCUUAUGACAAAGUUGAUGCUGCAGUUGCAUUGAUUGAGAUGCUUCUUACUCCUGUCUCAGUAAAUUCAACAGAUACUCCAGAAACUGCUAUUGUUUCUUCGGCAGUUACCUCUAGUGGUGUAAACCCAGCUGAUAUGCAACAGGGGCAGAGCACCACUUCUCAGCCUGGCUUAUUUCAGUACCAAUCACAUAGUGCUCAUUGGCUUUCCAUUUCUCAAACCAGUGCUCCAGCAAUUCCUUCCUCAGGGCCUACACCGAGCUCAUUAUCCAACAAUUCUUUGCAGCUGCAACCUCCUGUUGGUUCUUUCAGCAUGCCACCAUAUACAGGACAACCUCCUCACAUGAAUUUUAUGCCAAGAAACACACCACCUUUUCCUGGAUUUCAGCCAUCAAUGCCGAACAAUCAACAACUUUCACAGCAGUUCCAAGCCAACCCCUCCAUUGGACCACCUUUUGGCCAACCACCUGGAAAUGCUUACAACCCACAACCAUUGACAUCUUCCGCAGCGCCACUGCCUGUUAGACCCCUUCAAACACCCCAUGCGUCUGGAGGAUGGCCAACUUUCUCCCCUGCUAUGGCACAAUCCCAGAGACCUUCACAAGGUGCACCAAGUUUUAUGCCAAUGAGACCUCCUAUUUCUGUCUCGCCAGUUCCAUCGGGACCUUCUCAGUCAAAUAUGUCCACCAGCUAUGGAACUCAGAAUCCGCCAAGAGCAAACUUCACUCCGUCAGCAACAUUACAUUCCAGGCCUCCUGGUGGCCCCCAGUCUUUUCCUUCAGUUUCAUCUCAUGGUCCUAUGUCGGUGCAAGUACUAUCAUCUCCUGUUGGGGCGCCACCGCAGCAAACUUACCCGCCAUUGAUGCAAAUGCGUCCUCCCAUGUCAACACCUCCUCAAAUGAGAGGCACACUUUCACCUUUCCCUCAAGCUGGACCAACACCUGGCAAUGCACAAGUGGCACCUUCAUCGCGCCCGCCUGCUGGUAUGCACGGAUUGUCUUUCUCAAGUUCAGCAAACACAGGCUACAAUCAGACAUCUAUAGCUGCUUUCAGACCUCCACGUCCAGCCACAGGCGAUUUUACCUUUAGGCCUCACGCGCCACCUUCGGCGGACCAUCCAGCUUCAGCGGGCCAAAUGGGAGCUCAGGCUAACUCUCCGUUUGGUUUACCUCAAGCACCGCAGUUCCGUCCUGCCAACCAUAGCCCCAUUUCCCCAGUUCAAGGUUUCCAAAGGCCUCCAGAUGGAAGUCAUAUGGGUCAGGCUCGGAUGCAUGCUCCACCUCCACACUUCCACGGGACCUUCCCUGGGAAUCCACCUGCUCAUGAAUCACCUAACGGGUUUCGACCAUUUCCUCCAGCAAAUCCAUCAAACAGAAUGCCGUUUCAUUUCUUGCCACCACAGCAGAAUCCAUUUCCAAAUGCAAACAGGCAAGGUGGCCCAAAUCCGAUAUACGAUCCUUUCGCGCCAACAUCCGUGUCAGGGGGGAGCAAAGAAGGCGGCGGCUGACCCUGUCUACUGAGGAUCUCAUGGCAUCUGUUGGCUCGAAAGGAGGAGACGUUGAUGUCAUCUCUGUCCUGGAAUCGAAGCUGCGAUGUGAAGGGAGUUGAGCCUUGAGCGGUCAAGGUGCUUAACUUGCACCAUCGCUCUCCCUCUUUUUGUUUUGACAGAAGAACACCGUGUCGAAGGAGACAUUUCUUGCAUUUGCGGGUUGUACGUUCAAAUCCUCCAUUAAAGAAAGAAACAAAGAUGCCUGUGCUGUUUUGCUCUUCGAGCAAGCCAAACUCAUACCCGGAUCACUUGCGUUUGUUUACAGCAAUUUAUGUACUGCUGCCUUGCUUCCAGUGCAGUCCUAAAAUAUUCUUGUGCCAGCAUUGACAUGUAACCGAAUCUAUAAGUGUCUACACAGUAGGAAACAAGAGAUGAUGAGAUGAAUUCCCCUCCCUUUUCUUCCUUCCCGAGUAGCUAAAGGCAGAAUAUCCUAUCCACUAACCCCAAGUGGAAACCAAGCCUUCUGUGGUUCAGAAACGUGGAGUCCGGUUUUGAUCGUCGUUUGUCAAUUGUCAUGACUUCUUUCUAAGUUAGUUAAUCAACUUUUCUUUUGGUAA